AUGGCCAGCGGCAACACCCGAAUUCACCGCCUCUUGAACGAAAACAAAUUUCUGAUCCUCCCCGGCUGUUACGAUGCGCUGUCUGCCCUCAUCAUUGAACAGUCUGGCUUCCAAGCCGGAUUCAUCUCGGGAUAUGCAACUGCUGCUGCCAAACUUGGGAAACCCGACAUUGGCUUGCUGACUCCCACUGAAAUGUGCGCCACAGCUCGUUACGUGUGCGCCGCGGCUCCAUCCACUCCCAUCUUUGUUGACGCAGACACUGGGGGCGGGAAUGCGCUUAACGUCCAGCGCACAGUGAAGGACCUCAUUGCCGCCGGUGCUGCGGGCUGCUUCAUCGAGGAUCAAGUCUGGCCUAAGAAGUGCGGACACAUGAGGGGCAAGCAGGUGAUUCCAGCGGAGGAGGCUGCAGUGAAGAUAGCAGCAGCGAGGGACGCCAUUGGCGAUGCGGAUUUCUUCCUUGUGGCGCGUACAGAUGCGCGUGCCACGUCACAGAAGAGAGGGCUCGCUGAUGCCAUUGCACGCGCCAACCUAUACAUGGAUGCUGGAGCUGAUGGGUGCUUUGUGGAGGCGCCUCGCGAUGUGGAGGAGAUGCGGGAGAUUGGGCGCAACACGCGGGGCAUCCGAGUGUGCAACAUGCUGGAAGGGGGUGUCACUCCCCUCCUCACUCCUCAGGAGCUCUCUGACCUUGGGUUCCACCUGAUAGUGAACCCGCUGACAGGGCUGUACGCAGCCACGCGUGCGCUAAUUGACAUCCACAAGGAACUGAAGCAGGAGGGCACCACGCGUGGAGCAUUGGAGCGUCUGGCCACCUUCACUGAGUUCAAUGCGCUCGUCAACCUUGAGGACUGGUAUGCCACCGAGGCCAAGUACCAAACCCCCAAGCUUGUGCCAGCCGACACUACCUCUUAA